GGUACGCGCCGGUGGUUUGUCAAAUUGGAAAAUGUAAAUUAUCAUUGUGUUCAAGACGUUUCUUUGAACUGCUUUACUUAAUACCCCUUAACCUAUCCCAAUUUGUAACAGCAUUUUUUCCUUAAGCAGUUGGAACUACAAUAGGCAAGAUGAGAAAAUUGGUGGUGAAGCGACUAGAUCCUCACAUAGGUCUUCUACACAGAGGAACCGAAAAACUGAUAGAAUACAAAACUUACAUGCAAGCCAUGCCUUACUUUGAUCGUCUUGAUUAUCUGUCGUGCAUGAGUAAUGAACACGCAUUUUGUCUGGCCGUGGAAAAAUUACUUGGCAUUGAAGUUCCAAGAAGAGGAAAGUACAUACGAACAUUGUUUUCUGAAAUAAUGAGAGUGAUGAAUCAUCUAGCAGCUACUUCCUUUUUGGCGCUCGAUGUGGGUGCAAUCACUCCUCUUUUUUGGUUCUUCGAGGAACGAGAAAAGUUAUACGAGAUAUGCGAGCGAGCUUGCGGAGCCAGAAUGCAUGCUGGAUAUUUUAGAGUUGGUGGCGUUAGUCAGGAUAUUCCUUUAGGUCUCUUGCACGAUAUUCACGAAAUUGUGAGUAAAAUACCUGAAAGGGUCGAUGAGAUGGAGGAUGUAAUUACAAAUAACAGAUUAUUUAUAGCAAGAACUAAAGAUAUUGGUGUCAUAUCGGCACAUGAUGCAUUGAAUUUUGGAUUUACAGGUCCCCUAUUAAGAGCUUCUGGAAUUAAGUGGGAUAUAAGGAAAACACAGCCUUAUGAAGUUUAUGAUGAACUAGACUUUGACAUUCCCAUCGGAACCAAUGGAGAUAUUUAUGAUAGAUAUAAGGUAAGAGUUCAGGAAAUUCGACAGUCAUGUAGACUUAUUGAGCAGUGUAUUAAUAAAAUGCCUGUAGGCGAAAUAAAAAUAGAUGAUCACAAAAUAAUUCCACCAAAGAGGACAGAAAUGAAAACAUAUAUGGAGAGCCUUAUAAAUCACUUCAAAUUAUUCACGCAAGGAUUUCAAGUACCUCCUGGUUCAACAUAUACAUCCAUCGAACACCCAAAAGGUGAAUUUGGAGUCUAUCUUGUAUCUGACGGAUCGUCGUUACCGUACAGGUGUCGAAUCAGGCCUCCCAGUUUCAUUCAUCUGGCAGGAAUAAAUCAUUUAGGAAAAGACACGUUGAUUGCUGACGUAGUGGCUAUUCUUGCUGCUCUCGAUGUAGUAUUUGGAGAUAUUGAUAGAUAGAAUUGUUAAAAUUUUACACAUUUUGAGAAAAUGUUUGUACUUUUCAAACGAUUUGAAAAUAAAAGUGAAUGGAAAAUUA